GAUCCGCUGCGGCUUCCGUAGAGUAGGGACAGUCAAAAUGGCGGCGCCUGUUGACAACGAUUUAAUUGAAAGCGAUUUGCCCAAAGCUGUUGAGCUGCUGAACAGCCUCACCGAACAGGUGGCCUCAGUCACAAGUCAUGUCCGCGAGCUGCUAACCAAAGUCAAAGAUGGGAAAUGUAAUACAUCACAGGGUUUGUCUUUCCUGGACCUUCGCUAUCACCUGAUGCUCUUCUACCUCCAGGACCUCACUCACCUGGUCAGCAUCAAGAGCGAAGGAGGCAAAAUAAAAGACAGCGAAGCCUUGAACAGAGUGGUCACAAUCAGAACGGUUCUGGAGAAGAUGCGACCCCUAGACAACAAACUCAAGUACCAGAUUGAUAAACUGAUUCGAACCGCUAAUACUGGAAGUUUAGCCGAAAACGACCCGCUGCAGCUGCGUCCUAAUCCCGAGAAUCUCGUCAGCAAACUGAAUGAAUCGGAGUCUGAAGAAGAAGCCGAGACAACGGCAGUCUCCGAGAAGACAGCAGCGAACUCUGGUGGCAGGAAAUAUAUACCACCGAAGAUUGCCCCCGUGCAUUAUGACGGUGAUUUGACUGAGGCCGACAGGAAGAAGGCUCAGGUGGAGCGUCAGCGGCAAGCGGCUCUGAGGAGCUCUGUGAUCCAAGAGCUGAGACAACAGUACAGUGACGCACCCGAGGAGAUCAAGGACAGACGGGACUUCCAAACCGAUAAGGAGAGCCGCGAUGACACACACCGGAAAAAUUAUGAGGAGUCGAUGAUGGUGCGUCUCAACGUAUCAAAACAACAGAAGAACUCCAGGAAGAGAGGCACGAUGGGCAUGUCCGGUCAGCUGAGCAGUAUAACACACUUCAGUGACAUCUCUGCGCUGACGGGUGGCGAGGGCAGACAGGAUGGGGAGGGCACUCGCCCCAAGAAGAAGAAGAAACUCAUGAAGAAGAAAACCAAGAGAAAAGCUUUCAAGAAGCACAGAUAAGACCUGAAACGUGGCGUCCAGCAGCCGAUGGCGUCUAUCAUCAUCAUUUUCGUUCACUGUUUGACUGUAUCAUCGCUGUGUUAAAAAUGAAUUCCCCGACACUUGCGUACAUUCAGUGUUUUUGACAUUGUGAAAUAAAAUUUACUGCAAGUCAA